UACUCGGUUUGAUGGUUUGUUAGAGGCAGUUUCCCCCCCGCCCUCUCAGGAAGCCCAAAGCACAGAGAUAUUUCUUCAUUUCUUCUUCCACCUGCCGUUGGCUGCCCGAACGCAACUGCUCAAACUCGGCAGCGCUCAGCCCCCCGCACGCUCACGGCUCCCUUCCUGCGGGCGGGGGCUGCCGACUGUGGAUUUGGGGUUUUUCCCUCUCCUCAUAGAUACUUGUGCCAAUGCUUAAACACUGCUAAUUGCCGAAGCAUAUUAUCUUACAACCCUCGCUGGAGGAGGUAGGACCGCAGAGGGUCGUGCCCGGCGCCUAUGUGCAAGUGCAGUGAUGAAUCUCUUGUGUAGCUGAAGUGCAGACCAGGUGGAAUAUGCUGCAGACAAUUUACGAGAGUGAAUCGUGUUUUUCCUCAGAUGGGGUUUCUGGACGUGAACAGCUCUUGGCUCAGCAAAGAAUGCACAGUAUGAUCAGCUCAGUGGAUGUGAAGUCGGAGGUUCCCGUGGCGCUGGAGCCUAUCUCACCAUUGGACUUGCGAACCGAUCUCAGGAUGAUGGUUCCCAUGGUGGACCCAAUUAUGCGCGAAAAGCAGCUACAGCAGGAACUGCUCCUGAUCCAGCAGCAGCAGCAAAUUCAGAAACAACUGCUCAUUGCAGAGUUUCAGAAGCAGCAUGAAAACCUGACCCGCCAGCAUCAGGCCCAGCUCCAGGAACACAUAAAGUUACAACAGGAACUCCUAGCCAUUAAACAACAGCAAGAACUCCUUGAAAAAGAGCAGAAACUGGAGCAGCAAAGACAAGAGCAGGAACUGGAGAGGCAUCGCAGGGAGCAACAGCUUCCUUCCCUCCGAGGAAAAGAAAGAGGACGAGAAAGGGCAGUGGCCAGUACAGAAGUGAAGCAGAAGCUUCAAGAGUUCCUGUUGAGUAAAUCGGCAACAAAAGACUCUCCAGCAAACGGGAAGAAUCAUUCCAUGAGCCGCCACCCCAAGCUCUGGUACACGGCUGCCCACCAUACCUCACUGGAUCAAAGCUCUCCACCCCUGAGCGGGGCCUCGCCACCGUACAAAUACACUUUACCAGGAGCACAGGAUGCCAAGGAUGAUUUUCCACUUCGUAAAACGGCUUCAGAGCCAAAUUUGAAGGUACGUUCAAGAUUAAAACAAAAGGUGACAGAAAGGAGAAGCAGUCCUUUACUCAGGAGGAAGGAUGGAAAUGUCGGUUCAUUCAAGAAACGUCUUUUUGAGGUGACAGAAUCCUCAGUCAGUAGCAGCUCCCCUGGAUCAGGUCCCAGUUCCCCAAGCAAUGGUCCGACUAGCAGUACAACAGAAAAUGAAACCUCAGGUUUGCCACCUAACAUUCAAGCUGAGCACCUGGUUUCCCAGCAAGGCCUUUUGAUACAGGACGAAUCAGUGAACUUGUUGAGUCUGUACACAUCCCCUUCUCUGCCCAACAUUACCUUGGGACUUCCAGCAAUACAACCUCAAAUCAGUGGAGUCAGGGAGUGCUCCAGGAAAAGUAAUAGCUUCCCACUACUACAGGCUUCAUCGUCAUUCAAAGAAAAGCAGAAGGGGGAGACCCCAUCACUUAGACAAGGAGUGGCCUUGGCUGGACAGUACGGAGGAAACAUUCCUCCAUCGUCAACUCAUCCUCACAUUGCUUUGGAGGGAAAGCCAAACAGCAGCCACCAAGCUCUCUUGCAGCAUCUGUUACUGAAAGAACAAAUGAGACAGCAAAAACUUCUUGUGACUGGAGUGGUUCCUCUUCAUCCACAGUCUCCUUUAGCAGCAAAGGAGAGAGUUUCACCUGGCAUAAGAGCUGCCCACAAAGUGCCUCGUCACAGGCCACUGAACCGAACCCAGUCAGCUCCUCUUCCUCAGAGUACUUUGGCUCAGCUGGUCAUCCAGCAGCAACAUCAGCAAUUUUUGGAGAAGCAGAAACAAUACCAGCAGCAGAUCCACAUGAAUAAGAUGCUUUCUAAGUCCAUUGAGCAGCUCAAGCAGCCUGACAGUCACCUGGAGGAAUCUGAAGAAGAGCUUCAUGGAGAUCACUCGAUGCAGGAAGAGCAAGCUCCUGCCAGCGGUGCCAGCAUUAGGGCUGAGAGCAGCAGUGCUGGUGUGGAUGACAGAAUAGGACUGCAGGUGGGGGCUGUGAAAGUCAAAGAGGAGCCACUGGACAGUGAUGAGGAUGUUCAAACCCAGCAAAUGGAAUCUGGGGAGCAAGCUGCUUUUAUGCAACAGGAGUUCCUGGCACAUCGGCAUGUCCACCAGUUGCAAAUCUACCAGGCUCAGAUGGCUACAGUUGGCAUGGCAGGAUCAGAUAAACAUCGACCACUUUCCAGGACUCCAUCUUCCCCCACUGACUCCACAUUACCUCACCCAGACAUGGACCAGCCCAGCCAGCAUGUCUACACAACUGGUGUUGUGUAUGACAGUCUGAUGCUGAAGCACCAGUGUAUGUGUGGGAACUAUGCUAAUCACCCCGAACACGCUGGAAGAAUCCAAAGCAUCUGGUCGAGGCUGCAAGAAACUGGGUUGCUAAACAAGUGCGAGCGCAUUCGAGGUCGAAAAGCCAGUCUGGAGGAAAUACAGCUGGUUCACUCUGAACAUCAUUCACUGCUGUAUGGCACCAGCCCACUGAACAGACAGAAGCUGGACCCCAGGAAACUCCUAGGAAACGUGUCUCAAAAACUCUUUUCCUUGUUGCCUUGUGGGGGACUUGGGGUGGACAGUGACACCGUUUGGAACGAGCUGCACUCGGCCGGGGCGGCACGCAUGGCGGUGGGCUGUGUCAUCGAGCUGGCGGCCCGCGUGGCCUCCCGGGAGCUGAAGAAUGGCUUUGCUGUUGUAAGGCCCCCAGGCCAUCAUGCUGAAGAAUCAACAGCCAUGGGGUUCUGCUUUUUUAAUUCGAUUGCAAUUACUGCCAAAUACUUGAGAGACAAGCUAAAUAUAGGCAAGAUAUUGAUUGUAGAUCUGGAUGUUCACCAUGGCAACGGUACACAGCAGGCUUUUUAUGCUGACCCCAGCAUCCUGUAUGUUUCCCUCCAUCGCUAUGAUGAAGGCAACUUCUUCCCCGGCAGUGGAGCCCCAAAUGAGGUUGGAAGUGGCCCUGGUGAAGGGUAUAACAUAAAUAUUGCUUGGACAGGUGGCUUGGAUCCUCCUAUGGGUGAUGUUGAGUAUCUCACAGCAUUCAGGACUGUGAUUAUGCCAGCUGCCAACGAGUUUGAUCCAGAAAUUGUCCUGGUGUCAGCAGGAUUCGAUGCUGUGGAAGGCCACGACCCUCCGCUGGGCGGGUACAAAGUCACAGCUAAAUGUUUUGGUCACCUAACCAAGCAAUUGCUGAAGCUGGCGGACGGCCGCGUGGUGCUGGCACUGGAGGGAGGACAUGACCUUACUGCCAUCUGUGAUGCCUCUGAAGCCUGUAUAAAUGCCCUUCUAGGGAAUGAGCUGGAGCCUCUCCCAGAAGAUAUUGUGCACCAAAUCCCCAAUAUGAAUGCAAUAGCUUCUUUAAAAAAGACCACUGAAAUUCAAAGCAAGUACUGGAAGUCAGUGGAGCCAUACUCUGUGCCAGUGGAUUGUGCUCUGGCUGAGUCUCAGAAGCAGGAGAGGGAGGAGACAGAAACAGUAUCUGCUAUGGCCUCUCUUUCAGUGGAUGUUGAGCAGUGUAUUCCUCAGGAAGGCAGCAGAGCUGCUGGUGAGCCCAUGGAAGAAGAGCCAGCCUUGUGAAGUGCCAAGUCCUCUCUGAUAUUUCCUGUGGGUGACAUCAUUGUGUAUCCCCCAAAGCACCCUCAGACAUGUCUUGUCUGCUUCUUGGGUGGCACAGAUCAGAUGGAACAUAAACACUGGGCACAAAACUCUGAAUAGCAGCUUCACUUGUUCUUUGGAUGGACUUGAAAGAGCCCAAAAGAUUCCUUAAAUGUAACCGCUACAAUUCUAGAGUUACAGUAAAAUGGGCUUGGGAGAAAGAGCCUAGAGCAUGCUUUUUUUAUGCUGUUUGACCCACUCACUAACACAAAUUGUGAAAUAGAGUAUUGCAAAAUUCUACAUGAUAGAUUAUAGAUAUGAGAAUUGCAACAGCCAGCAACAUACUCUGUGAACUCCAUGAAUCACUUUCUGACACUUUUUACUGGGUAAUUUUUUUCAUACUGUGUCAAAUUGUUAAUAGAAUUUGUUUUCUUUGCUCCGUGUAAUGAAGAAAAAAACCCCACCCUUCUUUUACGUGCCAUUUUUUAACCUCCUGUAAUGAAUUCUUAGCUGAAUAAGUGAAAAGUGUUUAAAUUAUGAUGAGGGAUUUUAGCUAAAGGAAAAGCACUUCUUAUUGUACUAUAAAUCCCCCAAAGUACUGUGCUUGGUGGUGCUUUAUUUUCUCUUCCCUAUACCUGGCCAUCCCUCCCCAUUUCAUGUAGUCUUUUCUAUCAUAAAAACACAUUCAUGAUUCUCUAAAAUGAGCGAUCUUUUGCCUUUAAGAAAAAAUGCUGUACCCUCUGUAGUUGACAGUAGCUCUCACCAUAUGUGCAGCAGAGAUCAAGUAUGGAUAGUUUUUCAACGUGUUUUUGGUUUGUUCUGAAAUGUUUCUGCGUUCCAACUCCAAAGCAGCGACCUGCAGUAACUGCGUGCAGCUCAUUUGAAGCUCAGGUGUUUCUGUGGAGGUUGUGUGGGAGUGUUUUUUACAGGUCGUGAUGUGAAUACGAACUGAUUCUUUUAUGUAGUUCUGCACCAAGGGAACUGAUGUUGCUUAAGAAGCUUCAAAGGGUUUAGGCUUUUUUUAGAUCCCCAAAGUGCAGCAAGAUCUCCCUGCAAUGUGACUUUAGCUGUUUAAUUCCAUGUUUGAGAACGUAACAUAGAGUUGUGCCUUUAGCUGAAAAUGAACGCUUAAACUGUUACACGUGUUGCCUUACUGUCAGAGAGAGAGAUGGGGCAUGUAUGUAAGAUGUUCAAAUGAACAAAACUCUGCUACAGUAACUUUUAUUUUGUUUACAACUUUCUCACCUAAUGAACCCCGGGAGAUACCUUGAAGUAUUCAGCUUGCAGUAUUUGAUAGCUUGCUCAGCUUUUAAAAGCAAGUGAUGUUAAUUUUUUAUAUAUUUUCCAAAUUCAAGAAAAAAAAAAAGAUAUAUAUUAAAGCCAUAAGUGAAGACUGUCAUGCUUUUUAUUCUGAAAUCUGAAAGGAACCUUAAUUAAAACAAGAUUUUGGGGAAGGCCAUGAUAUGAAAGAUAUGGAACAAUAUGGUUUCAGUUAUAGGCAGACUCAAACCUGUAAAUCAAAGAUGAAAGAUUUCCCUCAAAUAGAAUUAUAUAAUUCUCUUUUGUUAUGCAGUCAGACUAUAUUUUUCAUGCAUUUGGGUUUGUUUACGAUUAGCAUUUUAAUUUUAAAGACUUUUAUUACUUAUACCAAAGCUCUCCACUGCAAGUUAGAAAUAUGAGGCAUGCUUUGAAAAGGGAAAGCUAAAAAAAGGGAUGUCAUUUCCUAUAAUGUGAAGUAAACUUUUAUUCUGAAAGGUUUACUCUAAAAUGAAUGUAUGCCCCUUAAAAAGGGAAAUAAAAUUCUGACCCUCAGAAAGUGAAAUAAAAUUCUACCCCCCAUUUACAAGCCAAAACCAUGCUUGUUUUAGUAAUGCAGAGAGUCCCAGCAGGCUAAAUUAAUUCCUGGUGUAAACCACCUCGCCUGACUUUGGGCUGUUCUGAAGGGGUUGUUCACAUGACUAAAGCAAUCAGGAGUUCCUCCUGCAUUUUCAGCAGACUCGUGACGGCAAUCUUGCUUGCCAUUUACUACGAUUUUGUUAUGGUCAUCAAAGAAAUUUCCCUUCAAGGAAACCAAGGGCUAUAGCUGAUGAGUUGGGUAAUUUGUAGAACUUUUCACAUUUUGAAAUAAUGGCUGCAAAAUUUCAUUUGAGUGCAUAGUGACAUCAUUUUAAAAUUAACCCUAAAAUUUGUUUGUGUCCUUCGCAUGCAUGAAAUUGUAUAUGAAUUGCAAUCUGAAGUGUGAGUUACAAGCUUUUGCAAUCAAAGUCUGUAUUCUGGGGUGCAAAUCAGCUAAAGAUGCCUUUUGUAGCUGGAAAUGCUUUUAAAACGCCAGAAUCAUUUGAAUUAAACCACAUUAUAAAGUCACACUUAUACAUUUGUACAGAUGUAGUCCCAGACAGAUAUCUAGACAUGCUAUUGGCUGAAGUUGGGAUCAUUUGGAUAAAUAAGUGUGCUAAUAAACUGCACACAGAUUGUGUCCAGAACUCUGUUCCGACUGAAGUCAGUAGCAGUCCUCUUUGAUUUCAAUGGGAGAUGGAUCAGGCCCUGCUUUCCUUUUCCCCUUUAAGUCAAGAACGCCAUUGCUUUUUGAUUAUGUCAUUCCAAGGCAUCUUAUGGCCCUCUGGGAAAUGAUUGAGGCUUAUGGUGAAUAUCAACACUUCCUUCAAAGCAGACCUGGGCUUUCUGAGAGGGCAGUUUCACUUGCUGCUGUUUUCUUCUCACAGUAUUUUUUAUUACCAUCAAUAGCUCCCCAUGGACUAGAGUUAAAAUAUCUUCCAGCAUUUUUAGUCAUACUUCCAGGGAAAUAUUCACAUAGACACUCUUUAAAAUGCCCAGUUUUAACUGGAUUCAACAACAGAUUCCAAGAAUUUCAGAAAGAUGCAUGAAUUGCGUGUUUCAAAUGUAAAAAUUCAGAUUUUUGAGGGGACAUCAGAGUCUCUUGUCUCCCACAGACCUUUCCCACUAGGCUAGAGAGAUUGACACCUCUGAAAAUUCAGUCCCAGAUAUUUCAAGUUGGCUGCCAAAAUAUCUGUGUCUGAGCUUAGAUUGCAUCUGAAACUGAGCUGAAAUGCAUGAACAAGGGUGGUCUCUUCGUGUGAUUCCAUGGGGAAGGUGAAGCUGAGGAGGCAGCAGGGAGCACUUGGAGCCAGGGUGACCCUCUGCCUGGUGCUGGUGGCACGAGGGCUGCAGGCAGACAAAAGGACAUCCCACAGUACCUCCACCCCAGGCUGCCAUUGCCACUGGCAGCAAAUCUUUGCCUCAUGGGGAAAUCCUGCAGUAAUUUGCACUCUGCCCCUGUGCCAAAGGCACCAACUUACCAGAACAAGAGAUGCCUCAGCAGCAAGUUUCACUAACAUGCUUACUCCAGUUCAUUUUCUUCUCUAGCAUUAGGAACUAAGAAUCAAGCUCAGUGGGGUCUUUCUUGUAUUACUAUGCUUUUCUCGUACUUUUCUUGUAUUCCUAGGUCCUUCAGUUCAUAGUACAAACUGAAAACUAAAAAGAGACAUGACUCAGGAUAUCAAGAAAAGAAUGAUUUUUAUCCAGCUUAAGGCUCUUACCUGGGCUGGAGUAAGAACAGUGAUAAAUAGCAAAUCUAACAACUGCUGAAACCUAAGAGUCUUGCACUUCAUUUUUGGACUCUGUGGAGGAAUUCUGCAUAUGCUCAUUUGGUUUUAAUAUAAUUUGCAGCUUGAUUAUAUGAUCUCUUUUCAGGCAACAUUUCUAGCGGAUAAUCAAAGUUCACAAGAAUUUUGCCAGUGUAAAGAUGACAGAAUUAUUCCCUUUUUUAAUCAUGUACCUUUCUAAUUUUACUUUCACUGCAAAUCAAGCAACUAAUUCCAAGCAAGUGAAUCUGAGAAAAGUAAAAUCAUUAAGCUAUCUUAAAUAAACAUCAUAAAAGAAAUGGAAAACAUUGUGCAAAUAAAGAUGGCUAUGCCUUUACUUUGCAAAAAAGUCAACAACAUGCUGCAGGCUGAAUAUAAGUGGCAAAAUGAACCCCUCUCUAGAGUAUGUGGUAUUUUAAUUGGUGUAUUAUCCAAGUUCAGCCUCUCUGAAAAGAUGAGAGUCACAACGGAGAUGAAAUAUUAGAAAGGUUUUGCUGCAGCCAACACCAGAGAUCCUGUAGAGAACAAGAAUGUAGAGACUGACUAAUUUUUGUAGACAGACAGCAGGACACUUUCGGGGCAAUGUGUCUGGGACAAAGAAUUAGAGGGAACUUUUCCAAAGGCACUGAUGGCUGUAAGACAACUAACUCCUAUUAGCUUGCAGGGGCAAGGAGGUGCUCAGCAAACAUUUAUUCUUUGGGAAAUAUCCCCCCUGUCCCACCAGCAUGCCCACAUGCAUGCAGAUGUGAACCUGGCUGGGCUAUUUUCUCUCCUAAGCAGCAGCAGCAGCAGCAGCAGCCAUGUGUGCUGCCCUGAUGUGUGUUCUGUGCAUUUGUCUGAGAAGUUCUCAGCCCCUAGAAGACACUUCAUAACAUGACUGAUGGGGGAAUUUUUUUUUCUCAAUAGUGGCCUUUCCAGAAGCGUAGCAGUGCAUGGUUGUUUUAUUUUUAAAGGUCACAAUAGAGCUUUGUGAACCAUUGUUCUUUUUUUUUUUACAGACUCCAUAUGGAAGUAAAACAGAAUAUGUACCUGGGGAGGGGGGGUAUGGUGUGUGGAACCUGCCAGGAAAGAAUCACUCUUAAAUCAGGUUUCUGCUACUUGCUUUUCAUCCUGGAUUUGAAGGAGUAUGGGUUCUAAAUUUUCAUUUAAGAUCUUUCUUUGUCAUGUCACUUGCUUUGUUUUUGUACCUGUAAUUGAAUUCACCCUUGUAACACAUAGAAAACUAUCUUAAAAAAAGUCUGUCUUUUCUGACAGAUUCCCCUGCCCUUCGUGUGGGAAUGAGAAUAGCUUAUCUUUGUCACUUCUCGCAACAAUUAAAUGCUUUAUUUUUGUAACGGAUCCAAACUGCAGCAGUAUUUUAAGAGUACUAUUUAGCUGGCUGUCUGCUGACUGUUAAAAAAAGAAAUUGUGAAACUUACAUGCCUCUCUAACCUCAAAAGAGACCCAUUUUGAUUUUAACAAUGUCAUUUUUUCACUUGAUCCAAAAGGGUUUUGUCCCAUGACAUCUUGUUACCAACCCAGUUCUAAUCACUAGUAAAUCACACACUACAAAGAGUGAAGACCAAAAAGGAUAGACGUUCCAGCAGCUCUCAGUUAUGUCUCUUCUGCACAGUCCUUCAUUCUGCUCUAGUGCCAUUCUCUGUCGUUCAGCAUAUUAGCAUAGAUGAUAGCAAAAUAUAAAUUGUUCUGCACCAUCCAAGAUACUUCUCUUUGGAUGUCAAUUAGCACACUGUGAGUUGGGCUGUCAUUUGUAAGGGCUGUGAUUUAUAAUAAAGACAGGCUUCUGUGGGGGUGGUCUAAAGACAAGUGAUGCAUGCAAGCAGUGGCACUGGCACUGUGCAGUGAGAAUGAUUCUGUGCCAAGGUCUCCACACAUUACCCCCUUCCGAUGGUAUGCCUGCAUGGCCAGAGGCACAUUUGCAGUAGCAGAGCCAUAGGACAUCCUGAUUCAAAGGCCAUUUAAAUCCCUCCUCUAACAGCCUUUGGGUAAUAUUUGGGAGGCAGCUAGAGCAGGAAACUGAACUUUGCGCUCAGCCACACAAAACUAAGAAAAGCCCAGUUACAGAGCUGAGCUUCCCCACACAUACCUUUUUCUGAUAUAAAGUGCCAGCUCUGCUCCUAGAAAAGUCUGUCUGAGAGAAUAUUGACUGUGAUGGAUCUAUUCUAUUGGCUUCACGAGUGUGUAUACGUCAUGUGUUAGGGGAACAGGUUCAUACUCAUGUCUCUUGCUGCUUAGUUUACUGCUGUUUUAAAUUUCAUGAUUGGCUUAAUAUUCCAAGUUAGGAUGCAGUAGGAAAGCGUAAAGCAAUACCUGGUGAGGUCAUAACUAAGGCUUUCAAAGCAAGCUUAUUGCCAUGGGUUUUUACAAGACUGACUUUUUGGUCUAGGGAUGCACAGCUGAAAUGUCUAUUUUUUUUCUUGGAAAAUUGAUGUUGCUAUCUGUUUCCAUGAUAAAAACCAGUCCUUUUGCUCAGAGCUCUGAAAGUUUAUCUGUAAUUUGUCUUUCCAGGCAGAGCAGAUUCUAAUGGAUAAAGCAUCAGUGGGACUGACCCAAAGGGCAACAUUUUUAAAGGUCAAUAGUAAUAUUUCCAUAAGAGUAAAAGGAACCAUCGUUAUUAUUCCUGAUACAUUUUUGUAUCUGAAAGUAUCCAAUGAGUAAUGUUAAGUAAUAUCGUGCUCCAGAACUUUGUUGAUUAUAGAUAUAUGAGCAUUGGAUUGGCGUGAAAUAGUCUUCAACCAAGAUGUUAAAAUCCCUUUUGUUUUGUGUUUUGUAUAAUUCUUUGGCUAUAGUCUUGUCCUAGUGUUAAUAAAAGCUAUUUGAAGUAA